AUGGAUAUAAAUGAAGAUAUAGUAUCGCAGUUGAAAAAAGAAGAAGCAAUAAGAAAAUUAAUAGAUUUGGUCAAUGACACUAAGGAUCUUCCAUUAUAUAUUAAUUUAAUUAAGCUUGACGGGGUAAAAAAAACACGUAGAAACUUCUUAGAACAAAUUUUCAACCCUAUACUUAAAGCUAGGACACUUGGUUCAAUUAUUGAUGAAAUUCAUAUAUCCAUUGACAAGUUAUACCGUCUUGAUAUUUUCAAUAAUUUUGAUGUAUUACUUGAUACAAGUAACGACCCAUUAGCACAGAAAGAUGCAAUUGAUGUUUUAUUGUCGGUAAAGGAAAAUAAGAGAUUUUUUAUAAAAACUGGCACAGAAAUUGGAAAUGAUUCUGGAAGUGCGAAUUUGUCAUUGACUGUACGUAAUCUUUUUGGUGGCGCCGAAACAUUGGAAGCAUAUAUGGCAACUAGUACUCAAACUUCACAUAUAUUCCAAUUUUGUUUAGCAACACCGAUCAAUGGAAAUCCAGAUUCCAAAAUCGACAUUUCGGCGUUUAGAAUGACAAAAAGUAAUCAAUCAUACAGUUCUCAUGAUGAAAUCUUAAAAGGUUCUGCCUUAAGAUGGAGAGUAGGUUUAUCAUAA